GUUACUUUUAUCCACUUAGCAUCUUUGGUUCUCAAAGCCUCUGUUCUUCUUCACUGAGCUAUUCUUGAAUUAGUGUCACCGCAUGCUACCUGUUUGUUGAAUUGCUUCAAUGGCUUUCUCUUUCUCUUCCUUCCUCAAAUGCCAUCCAUGGACUCAAUCUCAAAAUCCACCAAACCCCUUUUCAUUUCCUCCUCCAUUUCAUCCUCCUAAACCCAUAUCUCUCCCAUUUUCAUCUCGCCAUGAACGUGUUUCUUCAACUGUUUUACCUUCUAAAGCAAAAGAACUCUUGCAAGAUUUCACUCCAAAGCAAUUUCUCGACACCCUUCGUCAAGAAAAUGAUGAAACUUCAGCUUUUCAUCUCUUUAAAUGGGCUUCUAAGCAACCCCAUUUCACACCCACUUUGUCUAUAUACGAGGAGAUUCUAAGGAAGCUUGGAAAUGUGGGAUCUUUUGAUUUAAUGAAAGGGGUAUUGGAUGAUAUGAAGAGAUUGAAGGUUGAAUUAGUUGAAGGUACUUUCUUUAUCUUUAUUGAAAGUUAUGCUAAAUUUGAGUUGUAUAAUGAAGCUAUUAAGGUUCUUGAUAUGAUGUGGAAUGAGUUUGGUGUAAAGCCUGGUACUUUUAGUUAUAAUUUGUUGUUGAAUGUUCUUGUUGAUGGGAAUAAGUUGAAAUUUGUUGAAAAUGUGCAUAGUAGAAUGUUGGAUGAAGGUGUAAAGGCAGAUGUAUCGACUUUUAAUAUAUUGAUAAAAGCUUUGUGUAAGACACAUCAGAUUAGGCCUGCUAUUUUGAUGAUGGAGGAAAUGCCUAUGCACGGUUUGGUACCGGAUGAAAGGACCUUUACGACGAUAAUGCAAGGUUAUAUUGAGGAAGGGAAUUUUGAUGGUGCAUUGAGAAUUAGGGAUCAAAUGGUGUCAGCUAAAUGUCUUGCAAGUAAUAUUACUGUUAAUCUUUUGAUUCAUGGGUACUGUAAAGAAGGAAGGAUUGAUGAAGCUCUGAACUUUGUGCAAGAUAUGUGUAGUCGAGGGUUUUCUCCGGACCAAUUUACGUUCAACACUUUGAUAAAUGGUUUGUGCAAAGCAGGACACGCUGUCCAAGCCUUGGAUAUUUUGGAUUUAAUGUUGCAGGACGGGUUUGAUCCUGAUGUAUAUACUUAUAAUAUUUUGAUUUCUGGGCUUUGUGAAGUUGGUGAAGUCCAAGAGGCUAUGGAACUUCUCAAUCAGAUGCUUGUAAGGGACUGUACACCUAAUACAGUCACUUAUAACACCAUCAUUAGUGCUUUGUGUAAGGAGAACCAAGUCCAAGAAGCUACCGAGUUUGCUCGUGUUCUUACGAACAAAGGGUUCUUACCUGAUGUUUGCACUUUCAAUUCUCUCAUACAAGGUCUCUGCUUUACCGGUAAUUUCAAUGUUGCAAUGGAAAUGUUUGAAGAAAUGAAGGACAAAGGUUGCCAGCCAGACGAGUUCACUUAUAAUAUCCUAAUUGAUUGUCUCUGUGCCAAAAGGAGAAUAGGUGAAGCUUUGAACCUACUCAAAGAUAUGGAAUCGAGUGGCUGUGCAAGAAGUGUGAUAACAUACAAUACUCUGAUAGAUGGCUUCUGCAAAGACAAGAAAAUUGAAGAAGCAGAAGAGAUUUUCGACCAGAUGGAACUACAAGGGGUUUCUAGAAACCUGGUCACGUAUAACACUCUGAUUGAUGGUCUCUGUAAGAGCAAGAGAGUAGAAGAUGCUGCUCAGCUUAUGGACCAGAUGAUACUGGAAGGACUAAAGCCUGACAAAUUCACGUACAAUUCCAUUCUCGCUCAUUUCUGCAGAGCAGGUGAUAUAAAAAAGGCUGCAGACAUUGUGCAAACCAUGACAUCAAAUGGCUGUGAACCAGACAUCGUUACGUAUGGGACCUUAAUACAGGGACUAUGUAAAGCAGGUAGGGUUGAGAUUGCGAGCAAGCUCCUCAGGAGUAUUCAAAUGAAAGGAAUGAUUUUGACCCCUCAGGCCUAUAACCCUGUAAUUCAAGCAAUCUUCAGACGGAGGAAAACCAAUGAAGCCGUAAGACUCUUCAGAGAAAUGCAGGAAACAGCUAAUCCUCCUGAUGCUUUAUCUUACAAAAUUGUUUUUCGUGGUCUUUCUUCUGGUGGGGGACCGAUUCAAGAAGCUGUUGAUUUUUCUGUUGAGAUGAUAGAAAAAGGACACAUACCUGAAUUUUCCUCAUUCUACAAUCUGGCUGAAGGACUGUAUUCUUUGUCGAGGGAGGACACGCUAGUUAAGCUUGUUGGCAUGAUCAUGAAAAAAGCAAACUUCUCAGACAGUGAGGUUACUAUGAUUAAAGGUUUCCUGAAAAUCCGGAAAUUCCAAGAUGCACUGGCUACUCUUGGCAGUGUCCUAGAUAGCAGAUACCCAAAAAGGACAUACUGGGGAUAAAGAAAUCAUCCAAAGUAGAGGUCCCACAAAGUAGGAAUCAAACUGUAUCAGUUGCUUGCUAUAAUAGUAAUCAGUGUCUAAUUUUGUCCACUCAGUUUGAUAAUGGUUUCAUUUUUUGGCCCAUCUCAGAAAUAAUCUCUUUAAUGAGUUACAACUCAAACACUGUGGACAUUUCCCAGCUUAAUACAGUUCUCUAGAAGGCUUAAGUAAUGUAUUCAUAUAUUGUCACUGAUUUCUGUUCUUAGAUACAUGCAACACAGAAUUCUAACUGUAUCAAAGCCAUCUUACUAAGUUAAUGUCAGAAGUAGUGGUUUUUCUUGA